UUUGAGUACUUGGUGGAACAAUCAGAUAAACCUGCAUAUGAAACAUCCUGGCUAUUACUUUCCAACAUCCCAGAUAGGUAUAACAAGAUGCUAGAAACUUUUCACCACCGACAUUCAAAACUGCCAAGACCAGCAAAACUUUUUCUGGACACCAAAGCUGUUCGUGUACAGCCAGUAGAUGUCUUAGCUCCUGCCCCUCUGCUCCCACAGCUGAUGUGCCACCUGGAUUCUUACACACUACCAAUGCAGACAACAACACGCUCUGGGCAUCUUUCCCACCCAAUUGACUGUGACAAAAUCACUGAAUCUAUCACGAAAUGA